UUUCGCUUGUGUUCUAACCCACACAGUUCAGUUUUAAAAUAAUUAAUUCGUAUUGUGCAUUGAAAAGAAAGGUUAAUUUUGUCAAUCAAAUACUACAAUAUUUAAAAGGAAUAACGCAAGAAUGACGCCGAAGGCGUUUUUCUGGACGUUAGUCCUCAGUCUUCUUUACUUGGCUAGUUCUCAAGAAUCUGUUCCAGUAGAAGAUGUGGAUGGCCAUUUUUGUGAUGAAGUCACUCAAGUACUUGAGCCUGUGAAUCAAGUAUCCACAGAGUUGAGAAUGCAAACUGUUCAAAUCAAUUGCAACGAUGCACUUAGCAGUGAUUCUGACCUUAAUGAAAUUGGCGGCGGUCGUUGCACAGUUUCGAGGGAAGUGGCAGUUCAAGUAAACGGUACUGACACCGUCACACGUAAUGUAACAACACGUGUGUGCUGUGAUGGCUGGGAGGGUGAUGACUGUGACUCACCUGUCUGUUCGCCACUUUGUGCAAAUGGAGGUGUGUGUGAAGCCCCAGGUUCAUGCAACUGUGAGAACACUGGUUAUGUUGGCAGUUCCUGUGAAGAAGCUGUGUGCAAUCCACCAUGUGUGAAUGGUUCAUGUAGUGGAGGUACAUGUGAAUGUGAAUCGGGCUACAGCGGGGAAAUUUGUGACAUUCCAAUUUGUACCCCCAGUUGCCAAAAUGACGCUGUGUGUGUUGCUCCUAAUAGGUGUCUAUGUCCAGAGGGUCUAACUGGUGAUGACUGUACAGAGCAGAUUUAUACAUGCGAAGUUCCCUGUGCAAAUGGCGGAACUUGUGGCGCGGGGAGUACUUGCGCCUGUGUAGAGGGCUGGGGAGGGCCCACCUGCGAAGAAGCCAUUUGUGAUCCUGAAUGUCAAAAUGGAGUCUGCACGGCACCAAACUUCUGUAUAUGUGAGGCUGGCUUUUCAGGGGCCAUCUGUGACACAUCUGAUUCAGCUAAUGACGGACGUGGAAUCUUCAACAUGAGCAUGCCAAGCGGUAUUUGCUCUGCCUGCUGCAACUCCCACUACAAGACAUUUGACGGUCGUGUCAUUAUCUUUCCGGGCAAAUGUACUUACACGAUGGUUUCCAUGUGCGACAACGAUCCAGAAAGCUUUGGAGUUGAUAUUGUGACUGAUUAUGAUUGUGAUGUUGCUGGAAAUGUCUGUCGUUAUGCUGUUCACAUUCGUCAUGAAGGAGUGCUGUACACCAUGUAUCCAGGCAAGGUGCUUCACCGUGAUGCCGUACAGGUUCGUGUUCCCCACAGUGAAGAUGGAAUGAGUAUCGAAUCCCUUGGCGUUUACUUGAUCUACCAAGGAAUUAAUGGUAUUAAGGUCUCAUUUGAUGGACGUGCAAGUGUAUAUGUGCACAUGCCAGAGAUCUACAAUGAUAAUGUUUGUGGCCUUUGUGGAAACUUUGAUGGUGAAUCUGAAAAUGACUUGGUGAUGUAUCCAUUUACCGGCUCUAUGGCAAAUAGUGAUGCUGAGUUUGGUAACCGCAUGAAAAGUGGAACACGUACUGAAUGUGCAGACGUACCACUUGAUCAGACACACACUUGCGAUGCAAUAGAGUCUGACCAAGAAGCCAUGAAUGUGGCCAGGGAACGUUGCAAUUACAUCUAUUCAGAAGUGUUCGAGGCCUGCCAUAAUGAUGUUGAUCCUGAAGCGUAUCAUGGCUUGUGUAUGUACCACAUGUGUAAUUGUGACAUCCGUAGUGGAGAGGUCUGUGAAUGUGAAUCGAUGACUCAGUACUCCCGGGCCUGUGCACAGAAAAACAUCGUCUUGAAUUGGAGAUCAGAAACAUUCUGUGAUCUAACUUGUGACAAUGGCAUGGUCUACAGUGAAUGCAGCUCAGCAUGUCCCCGCGUUUGUGAGAAUGCAGAUUUUGAAGCAGAAUGUGAUGAGUUCUGUGUUGAUGGUUGCAUCUGCCCACUAGGGACUCUGUUUGAUGGUCAGAGUUGUGUAUCACGUCCUGAAUGCCCAUGCUUACAUAAUGACGAACUCUAUCCAGUAGAUACUGUGCGUGAUAGUGAAUGUCGAAGCUGCACCUGUCAAGGUGGCAGCUGGAAUUGUGUAGAUCAAGAAUGCGACGGCCGGGGCUCCAUCAUUGGUGAUCACUUCUUCAAAACGUUUGAUGACUUCCAUUACAAGCUCAGGGGAAAUUGUCAGUACAUCUUAGCACAAUCACGGAACAAUGUGGUUGUUGAUACGCCAUUCUACAUUUGGAUAGAUAUGACACCUUGUGCCCAAUCUGUUGUGUCUGUACAGUGUAUUGCAUCUGUUUCGCUACGCAUCCAUUCAGACUAUGUGUACAAGUUACGUUCCAACGGAGACUUUUUGCGGAACAACCAAGUUGUUGGAAUUCCCAACGUAUACACCGACCAAAACCUUGUCCGUGUACGACGCAUUUCAGACUCGUUCAUCCGUAUUGAGACAGCCAUUGGUGUCCAAAUUCUUUGGGAUGGCGACAGCCAACUGUUUGUCCGCCUUUCACCAUCAUGGAGAGGAAAGGUUUCUGGAUUGUUUGGCAACUUCGAUAGCAUUCAGGAUAAUGAUAUGUUGACUCCUAGCAACUCUUUAUCAGUUCAGCCAUUCCGAUUUGCUAAUGCCUGGAAAAACUCUGCCUCCUGCCCGGAUCUUACUGAAGGCGCCUACGGUCAAACAGCUGGCAUGUGCUCCUUCUCACAACAGUAUGAGCAAAAUGCUGAAAGAAUCUGUGCGAUACUCGGAGAGGCUCCGUUUGAUCAAUGCCACAACGUGGAGGAUUAUGAGCCUUACGUGGAAGACUGCAAGAACAGUGUCUGUGCCUGUUGGUCUCGGCAGGAUGUUGAGGAAGGUUGUGAAUGCCUGGCUUUUGCUGCCUAUGCACAUGAAUGUGCAGUCAAAGGUGUUGUCUUGGAUUGGCGAACAGAUGAAGUUUGCUAUCAUGAGUGUCCAGUUGGACAGGUGUACAAGGAAUGUGGCGACAGUUGUGAAGUUCUGUGCCGAGAAUUGACACUUGGCGAUGAGAACUGUGUGAAUGAGUGCGUUCCUGGUUGUCAGUGUGCUGAAGGGAACAUUUGGGAUAUUGAACGAGAUAUGUGUGUACCACUUAGUCAGUGCCAUUGUUAUCACAAUAAUGCUGGUUACGAACCUGGUGAUACCAGACAAGACCAAUGUAACAUUUGCACAUGCCUUGAUGGUCGUUGGAGUUGUACAGAUAAUGAUUGCUCUGUGACUCCUGCUUGUGUUGAUGGCCGUGUGUGGAGUAACUGCACAGCAUGCGAGGGUACAUGCGAGAACCUUAGAGUAGACUGCGCCGGAGCUGAUUGCCGAGAAGGGUGCGCUUGCCCAAGUCAUCAGGUUCAGUACGAGGGUGCAUGUAUUGAUGUGGAUCAGUGUCCAUGUGAACAUCAAGGACGAUCCUUUGCACCCAGAUCUAUGAUUUACAGAGACUGUAACAGAUGCUUCUGUUCGAACCGAGAAUGGGUAUGUGAGGAAAAUGAUUGCCCGCAGACAGCUCGUGUCUAUGGUGGUCCUCAUUAUAUGACCUUUGAUGGGAAAAUGUAUAACUUCCAUGGUGACUGUGGAUAUGUGUUCUGUGAGGAUGCCUGUGGUAGGCCUGGUGGCGGAACGUUCAGUGUAACUCUUGAAAAUGUUCCAUGUGGUGUUACAGGUUUUACUUGUGCCAGGACCAUCAAAAUUGUGUACCAAGGAACAGUGACAUACUUGACAAGAGGCCAGGAUACUCCUGAUAUUCAAUUAAAUGGCUCCCCUGUUGGAACUGUUGAUUGCUAUCAAGUCGGGCGUCAUUGGAUUUUCAACACUGUGGAUCAACGAAUAAUGGUCAGAUGGGAUGGAGGAACCUCUGUUGGACUCACCCUUGACCCAUCGUAUCGGGGUGUUACCUGUGGUCUGUGUGGAAAUUAUGACGGUGACCAGACCAAUGACUUUACUACAAGAUCAGGCCAGGUUGAGUCGAGGGCUACCCUUUUCGGAGAUAGUUGGCGGACCCGCACAAGCUGUCCUCCCGCUCAGGAAGUAUUUCAUCCAUGUGACGUGAACCCUAGACGUCGUGCGUGGGCUGAGUACUCUUGCUCACUUAUUAAGCAGGCUGUGUUUGCUCCCUGUCAUGAUGUGGUUAAUCCAGAAUUUUACUAUGAGAGUUGCGUAAUGGAUGCCUGUGCUUGUGACACUGGAGGUGAUUGUGAAUGUAUGUGUACUGCUAUUGCCGAGUAUGCCGCUAUUUGCCUCUCAAAGCAUGUAACUGUUGAAUGGCGAUCAGAUGGGGUUUGUGGUAUUCAGUGUAUAAAUAGUAUGCACUACAACCCAUCUGGAAGUACUUGCCCAGAUACGUGCUAUAAUCCAGAUGAUCUCCGUAUAUGUUCAGCCUGGAAUUCAACAGUGGAAUGUUGUUCAUGCCCACAAGGAAGCAUUCUCCACGAGGGUCAGUGCAUAGCCCCACAGAUGUGCCCUUGUAUAGAUAAUGGGGAAUCUUAUUCUUCAGGAUCUGUUGCCAUAAUACAUUGUCAGCAAUGUCAGUGCAGCAUAGGAGGACACUGGGAGUGUACAGGUGACCCAUGCGCGACAACAGUCGGUCCGAGUACAACAGCAACGCUGGAGCCCCCACCAUGUUCCUGUCCAGAUGGAUAUUACAAUUGUGCUGACUGCUCUAUGUGUAUUCUUGAGGGUAAUGUAUGCGAUGGGGAGCGUAACUGCGGUGAUGGUUCAGAUGAACAAGGAUGCCCAUGUACAGACGCGACUGGUGUUGAAUAUCGAGAUGGAGCAAUGUACUGGCCAACUGAGUGCAAGUACUGUCGCUGUGAUAAUGGUGUUAACGUCUGCGAGAAGCAGUGUAAUGUAUCCUGUUCAGCGUUGCCGGUAGGAUAG